CUGGGUGAAGUCAGACAGGUGGUGGAGAGGCUGACAGGAGCCGGUGUGUGUUGUGCUCGCUUUGGGACGGAGUUUGGAUUUAAAGAAGUGAAGGUGAAGUCAUUUGGCCACAUCGGUGAGUGUCUCCUUGCCUGUCAUGAUGAUGCGGAGGAGCAGCAGCAGGACCAAAACAACAAGGCGUUCUCAAAAAUCCAGGCAGGUGGAGCAAUGAAUGCAGAGCCAUGAUGCAGGCUGUGACCAAACCUCGGAGACAAGCUUUACGGGGAGCUGGUUACCUGUAUCAUUCUCAGUCCACCUCCUGCCUCUCCAAGACAGAGGAAGUUUUCUUAAAUGCUGCAGAAUAUGGCAACAUCCCCGAAGUGAAGCGGAUUCUAGAGGAGCUGCCAGAAUUCGACGUCAACUGUGUGAACUACAUGGGCCAGAAUGCACUGCAGCUGGCAGUUGCCAAUGAGCAUUUAGAGGUGACUAAGCUCCUGCUCAGAAAGAAAGACCUGGCUAGAAUCGGAGAUGCUUUGCUGUUAGCCAUCAGUAAAGGCUAUAUCCGUAUAGUGGAGGCCCUACUGAGCCAUCAAGCCUUUGCAGACGGCCAGAGGCUGACUAACAGUCCCAGCCAGGCGGGUACACAUGAUGACUUCUUUGCCUAUGAUGAGGAAGGCACGCGCUUCUCUCAUGACAUCACUCCCAUCAUCCUGGCCUCCCAGUGUCAUGAGUAUGAAAUUGUGCAUACACUUCUUAUGAAGGGGGCCCGUGUAGAGCGGCCCCAUGACUACUUCUGCCAGUGCGGGACCUGCAGCGAGCAGCAGAGACAUGACUCAUUUAGCCAUUCACAGUCCCGCAUUAAUGCAUAUAAAUGUCUGGCCAGUCCAGCGUAUCUGUCCCUCUCCAAUGAAGACCCAGUGAUGGCAGCUCUGGCACUGAGCAAUGAGCUUGCAGUUCUGGCCAACAUUGAAAAGGAGUUCAAGAAUGAUUACAAGAAACUAUCCAUGCAGUGUAAAGACUUUGUGGUGGGACUCCUGGAUUUGUGUCGAAACACAGAGGAAGUGAAGGCCAUCUUGAACGGGGACACAGAAUCAUGUCAAAGCUCUGAGACCUUGGGCCGACAAAACCUUCUCAGGUUAAAACUUGCAAUAAAAUAUGAAGUUAAAAAGUUUGUGGCACAUCCAAACUGCCAACAGCAACUUCUCUCCAUCUGGUACGAGAAUUUGUCAGGACUGCGUCAGCAAACCACAGCCGUUAAAAUCCUUCUUGCCCUUGGUGUAGCUUUUGGGUUGCCCGUACUGUCCUUUAUGUACUGGAUCGCACCCUCAAGUAAGUUAGGAAAACUCAUGUGUGGACCUUUCCUGAAGUUUGUGGCCCACGCAGCCUCCUUCAUGAUAUUUCUUUGCCUACUGGUCCUGAACGCGGCAGACCGUUUUGAGGGAACAUCGCUGCUGCCUAACAUGACCAGCCACGAUCACCCCUCACAACUGUUUCGAAUGAAGACAACCCCCUUCACCUGGAUGGAGAUUCUCAUCAUAUCCUGGGUCAUAGGAAAAAUCUGGGAAGAAUGUAAAGAUAUUUGGUCGCAGGACAUCCGAGAAUACAUCUCAGAGCCCUGGAACCUCCUUGACUUCAGUAUUUUGGCCAUUUUUAUGACCUCUUUCAUUGCCAGAUUAAUGGCCUUCUGGCAUGCGUACUCUGCCCAGUGUUAUGUUGACCAGCACUAUACUGACCUGUCCAACAUGACCUUGCCCUCUGAGAUACAAUAUUUCCAGCUGGCUCGAAUCAACUGGAUACCCUCAGACCCGCAGCUUAUUUCCGAAGGCCUCUAUGCAAUUGCAGUUGUGCUGAGCUUCUCUCGCAUUGCAUACAUCCUGCCUGCCAAUGAGAGCUUCGGGCCGUUGCAGAUCUCUCUGGGAAGAACAGUAAAAGACAUCUUUAAGUUCAUGGUGAUUUUCAUCACUGUUUUUGUGGCUUUCAUGGUGGGAAUGUUCAAUCUGUACUCAUACUACCUCGGAGCCAAGCACAACGAUGCCUUCACAACGCUUGAGGAGAGUUUUAAAACGCUAUUUUGGGCUAUCUUUGGCUUGUCGGAAGUGAAAUCAGUAGUCAUUAACAUCGACCAUAAGUUCAUUGAGAACAUUGGCUAUGUUCUCUACGGGGUGUACAACAUCAUCAUGGUGAUCGUCUUGCUGAAUAUGCUCAUUGCCAUGUUCAACAGCUCCUUCCAGGAAAUUGAGGAUGAUGCUGAUGUUGAGUGGAAGUUCGCCAGAGCUAAACUCUGGUUCUCGUACUUUGAGCAGGGUGGCACACUUCCUGUGCCCUUCAACCUUGUGCCCAGCCCCAAGUCUGUCAUUUCCCUCCUGUUGGGUAUAAGGGAAUUUCUCUGGGAUGUGCUUAAAGGCAAAAGCAAAGACAACUCAAAUGAUGAGAUUGAACUUAACAAGUUGAGGCAACAGGAAGACCUGAGUGCUGAAUCACCGCUUUGUCCAACCCGCCACCAAGACAUAAUGAAUCGCCUCAUCAAAAGAUACAUCUUAAAAGCACAGAGAGAUAAAGACAAUGAUGAAAUAAAUGAAGGUGAAUUAAAGGAGAUCAAACAGGACAUCUCCAGUCUGCGCUAUGAGCUGCUGGAAAGGGCAAACCAUGACACGGAGACACUGGCAAAGCUCAUCAGGCAACUGGGGGAAGUCAUGCAUGCUCAGCAGAAAGAGGAGCAGAAAGAAUAAGCUGGCUAUACUUUCUUAAAAAAUGUAAGGAUCAGAGAUGAAUUAAUGGGACAUGCUGCACUCUCAAAGGUCAAAGGGCCCUUGGGCACAGACCUUAUACACAUUAUGGGGCAAAAACAACAGAUAAUAAUGGAUAUUUGAAUAUUAAAAAUGGUAAACACACUUGAUUUUUUCCACUUGAUGUAAAUGUAUUCCUUAAGGUGGAAGACUCAGAUUCUCUUUGUCCCUGUGUCUAUACAGUUAAUCACAUGGUGGCACUAAUGGAUCUUUUUUUUUUUAUUAUUAUUAUUGUUGCUCAGGCUCUGUGACACUAAUAUGCACUACUGACUGCUAACAUAUGACGGUGCUGCCUGUUAACAGCUGUUUGUGUGGUUUGAUUUAGAGGUGAUUUUUCCAUCUGGAGUACAGAGCAGAGCAGUUCAGACUGAAAAAGCACGUGUCUGGAUGUGUCAGUGGCGGGCU